CGUUGAAUCUAACAGGGUGGCAGCCUUUCGGUCGGAUGGCAACAUUUGGGCCAGGUGGCCAGGAUACAACCUCUAGUGCAUAUAAACAGUCAAAAUUUUCACUGCAGAAAUUGCAGCAGAAACCAGCAAAAAAGAAACGAAAGACGAAACGCGUUUGUGUUUUGUCGUUUUUUUUUGUUGCAAAAGACGUGGCAAGGACACACCACGAACAAUUGUGAAACUGUGCUUCAAUUAACAACAACAAGAUGGGUGUACCAAAGUUUUUCCGGUAUAUUAGCGAACGCUAUCCGUGUCUCAGUGAAUUGGCGCGUGAGCAUAGCAUGCCCGAGUUUGAUAACCUUUAUCUGGAUGUCAACGGUAUUGUGCACAAUUGCUCGCAUCCAGAUGAUGGCAACAUUCAUUUCCAUUUGGAAGAAUCGCAAAUAUUCCAGGACAUUUUCAAUUAUAUCGACAAGCUCUUUUAUCUGAUCAAGCCGAAAAAGUUGUUCUUCUUGGCCAUAGAUGGCGUUGCGCCACGUGCCAAAAUGAAUCAACAGCGCAGCCGACGCUUUCGUUCCGCCCGCGAAGCCGAGCAACUGGAGGCGAAGGCGAUGCAGCGCGGUGAGAAGCGGGAGCAUGAGAGAUUCGAUAGCAAUUGCAUUACGCCCGGCACAGUGUUCAUGGAUCGUCUGCAAAAAGGAUUGCGUUUCUUUCUCCGCACCAAAAUCUCCACAGAUCCCAUGUGGAAAACGUGUCAAGUGAUCUUGACGGGCCAAGAGGCACCCGGCGAGGGUGAGCACAAGAUCAUGGAUUACAUCAGAUAUUUAAAAGCUCAACCCAAUUUCGAUCCCAAUACGCGUCAUUGUCUCUAUGGUCUGGAUGCGGAUCUCAUCAUAUUGGGACUGUGCACCCACGAACUGCAUUUUGUGGUGCUGCGGGAAGAGGUGAAGUUUGGCAAGAAUGUGAAGCGUCUGGGCUUCAAUGAUACACGAUUCUUUCUACUGCAUUUGGGAUUGUUGCGCGAGUAUCUGGAAUUGGAGUUUGCUCAACUAUCGACGCCGGAACACAAACUGGAUAUAGCGCAACUGAUCGAUGAUUGGGUGCUGAUGGGUUUCAUGGUGGGCAACGAUUUUAUACCGCAUCUGCCAUGUCUGCACAUCUCCUCGAAUGCUCUGCCCUUGCUCUACAAGGCCUACAUUAAUCUGUACCCGAAGCUGGGCGGGAAUAUCAAUGAGCAUGGCAAACUCAAUAUGCAGCGAUUGGAAUUGUUUAUGAAUGCUCUAAGUAAGAUUGAAUUGGAUCUGUUUGAGGAGCAUUACGAUGAUCUCAAGUAUAUGCAUGCCAAGACCGAGGCAUUCGAUGUCGAUGUCAAUGAGAUCAAGAACGGCGCAUCCGAUAGCUUCAAUAAUGAUCUGGCUGCCCUUAUCGAUAACAGCAUGAAGCUCUAUGAAGACGACAGCGAUGUGGAUCUAAGCGACGAUGAGACGGCCAUGAAGAACGAAUUCCAGAAUUAUAAACGGAAUUAUUAUCGGAACAAGUUCAAGACGGAAUUGCAUGCAGAUUUGAUUGCCGAGUUGAGCAAUCAAUAUGUGAUGGCAUUGCAAUGGAUACUCGAUUAUUAUUAUCGUGGUGUGCAGUCAUGGAAUUGGUAUUAUCCCUAUCAUUAUGCACCGUUCAUCAGUGAUCUGACCAACAUACGGAACAUCAAGGUCAAUUUUGAUCUGGGCAAACCAUUUUUGCCCUUUCAGCAGUUACUGGCUGUGAUGCCAGCGGCUAGUUUAAGCCUCUUACCAUCCGCCUAUCACGAUCUGAUGCUCAAUGAGAACAGUCCCCUGGCCGAGUUCUAUCCCAAGGAGUUUGAGAGCGAUCUCAAUGGCAAGAAGCACGAUUGGGAAGCUGUCGUCCUCAUACCCUUCAUCGAUGAGAAACGUUUGCUCCAGGCCAUGCAAACAUGCGAAUCCAUGUUGAACGAUGAGGAGCGUGCUAGGAAUCAACAUGGACCCAUGUAUCAAUAUGACUAUAGUCUUAAAUCGUUGGGCUCCUUGCCAGCAGUGGCGCCUCUCAAGGCACUGCAACAUGUCUAUUGCUCGGAGCUGGCACGUUGGUCCGAUGAGAUUGUACUCCACUUACCGCAAACGGUUUGCGUCGAGCUGCCCAAUGCGGCGCGUCAUGUAUUCUUUCCGGGAUUCCCCACCAUGAAGCAUCUCGAUUUUGAUUUUGAGCUGCGUAACGAUCGCAUACGGAUAUUCGAGCAACCCUCGCGUAAUCAAAGCGUUGUCCUGCUGCCCAAGAAGCGUUCUUUCGAGGACACCCUCUCAGCGGUGGCUAGUCUCUAUCUGGAGCAGGUGGUGCACAUUGGUUGGCCGCAUCUGAUCAAAGCCAAGGUGGAGAGAAUUGCCACACGAGAGCAAACUGUGGACAAGACGGGCAUCAGGGUCAACAAUGAAUCGCGACGCUUUGAAAUGGACUGCAAAUCUCUGCAGGAUCACUUUGCUUGUCGCAUGGGCAUUCAGUUUGACAAUUAUGAGGUGAUUCUUUAUAUACGCACAUUUGCUGGCACCGCUGUGGACUUUGGCCAGCGUGGUAAUGUCUUCAUGAAGGAUAUAUGGAGCAGUAAGGUCACACCGUAUCCGGCUCAGGGUGUUGUUGCCGAUAUUCAGGUGCAGGAUAACAUGCGCCGACAGUUUAAUAAAAUCGAGGAACUAUUUCCGGUCAGCUCGACGAUCUUUUUCAUUGGCAAUCAAUACUAUGGCAGCCAGGGCACGGUCCUGGAUCCAAUGCUUGUCUACAGCUGCGGACGUAUACAGGUUAGCAUCCGCGUUGUUCCGGAACCCGAGUUGAAUCCGGCGCGUUUGCUGCAGGAACAAAAGGAUCGGGAUUAUAUGAAUGCGUACGCGGUGUGCAGAGAAUUGAAUAUGUCCAGCAAAUGUCUGGGUCGAUUGACGGGCACCGUUUUUGUGGUGUUGGGACCACGUCGUGAGAAAAUGGAAAAUGUGUCCAAGCACAAUAUUGGACUGCAGUUGAAGUAUCCGCGAAUGAAUGAGGAGAGAGCUGGUUAUUGUCGUCGUAUAAAUAACCAAUGGUUUUACUCCGAAAUGGCCGUUGAUUUGAUCUUCAACUAUUGCAAUCAAUUUCCAGAAGUUAUUGAUUUCUUUGCGAACAGCAAUGAUCGCAGUGAAUAUAUCUUUGAGGAGGAUUUGUAUCCCAAUGAGGUUGGCCAGCAUCGCAUCGAGGAUUUGGCCAAUUGGGUGCGUCAACAACCCCACAUGAAAGUUGAUCGCGUCACCUGCGGUUCUCGCACCAUUUGCAAAGAAACUGUCGAGUUGCUGCUCAAUGCCGCCGACGAGUUGCGUACGAAGCCCGUGAAGAAUGUGAAAUUGCAGGUGAAACCGCAUCUGCUGAUCAAACCAAAUGUCACGCUGCCGGAGGCUUAUAAAUCAUCCCGGGCUGUCAAGCUCUUUGAUCGUGUUGUCAUUGUGCAAACGGUUUUCCAAGUCCCCGUUGGCACCAUGGGCACUGUGAUUGCCGUGCACAUCAUCAGUGAUCCGAAUCCAGUGCGCUUGGAAUGCCUGAACGCCGUGGAGACCAUGUGUGAAGUACUCUUUGAUAAAUCAAUACCAAACUGUGGCGAUAUUUAUGGCAUUGCCGAGGAGCGUGUCUGCAAAGUGCCCGAGAACUCCUUGCUGGUCAUCGGUUCAUGUGAGGAAGCCGAUAGAAAGCAGCAGCAACUAUCGCAGCAGCAACAAUCGCAGCCGCAGCAGCGUCAGCAACCACAGCUACAACUGCAGCAGCAGUCGCGACAACAACAGCAGCAACAAUUGCCACAGGCGCAAUCGCUGCGUCAAAAUUGGCGAGAGCAACAGCAGCAGGAGCAACGUUAUGUAACAGCAGCUGGCUCCAAAUACAACCCCAUUACAAUGAAAACGCGCAUUGCCGAUGAAUUUGUCGAUCCAGGCGUGUUGCUCGCCGAACCAGCAACAUCAACAUCAACAGCAGCAACUACAGCAGCAGCAACUGCAACACCAGCAACCGCGCCAGUUGUGGUACAAAACUGGCGUUCAAUGUCAACGCAGGCGCCAGUGAAGCAACAACAACAACAGCAGCAGCAACAACAACAACAACAACAACAACAGCAGCAGCAGCAACAACAACAACAGCGACAGACGACAUCGGAUAUGAUCAUCAAUCGCAGCACGGCUGGCAAUGAGAUGAACACUAAUCAAGCGACACCAAAUGCACAAACUCAAGCAUUGAAAUUAUUGCUGGGUCUGAAUCCGGCACAAAAGCAACCAUUGCAAUUGCCGUCAUCGUCAUCGCCAUCGGCAACGCCAUCCACAGCUGCAAUUGCAUCGCAAUUGCAACUGCAAUUUCCGGCCAAGAUUCCGUCCCAGGCCAACAAUAGUCCGUCCCAGCCGCAAGCACCGCAGCUGCCUAGUCAAAUGCCCAAACUGCCGCAGCCGCCGUUGUUCUGGCAACGUGAGGCACAGGAGCAACAACAGGCGAGGUUGCAAUCGGAUCUCAUUAAGACGCAGCAAUGGGAUCAGAGGCCGCAGUUGCAGACAAUGAGGUCGCCACAGUUGCCGAUGCCCAUGCCGGGCAUGUUGCUGCCACAGCAACAACAGCAGCAGCAAAUGCAGCAACAGCAACAAUUGCAGCAGCAGCAACAAUUGCAGCAACAGCAACAAUUGCAGCAGCAGCAACAAUUGCAGCAGCAGCAACAAUUGCAACAGCAGCAGCAACAACAAUUGCAGCAACAACAACCGUUGCCACAACAAUUGCAGCCACAACAACAAUUGCCACAACAAUUUAUGCCGCCAUCAAAUAGUUAUGGCUAUCAUCGUUACAAUAACAAUGCCAACUUUUAUCCCACCAUGAACAAUUUCAACAGCAUUGAUCCACAUCCACAUCCUCAUCCCAAUCCCAAUGCUCAUCCGCAUCCCAAUGCGAACAACAACAACUUGAAUCGCUACAACAGCUACGAGCCAAACUUCCCUCCCAUUCAAAUGCCUGGCAGCAGCAGCAGCAACAGCGCUCGUCGCUCCUUCACAUCCAUCCAGGACUUUGUGCCCAUUCAGGCAUAUCGUCCCAAGAAAACACAACGCGACGAGCCACCGAUGGAAAAACAGGAGACAGGCGAAACAUUCUCUGAUUCUCAACAGGCAAGUGAGUCUAAAGAGAAUAUUCAAAGCGACGAGGCAACUAAUAAAUUAAUGGAAACGCUAAAAAUAGCGCCAAAAACACAGGCCGAGUCCCUUACAAGUCCGAGCACUCUCAAUACUGAAGAAGCAACUGCUGAUAAGCCAAAAAUGAUAAGAAAGCCACGCGUUCCACGCAUUGGGGCCAAAUUUGAUCUGGAAUACAUGCCCUAAAGGGGGAAACAAUAGAGGAAAUGCCCAAUUAAUAUUAAGCAAUCAACUAAAUUAAAGUUAUUUUCUAAUUUCUUUUUCUGGAAAAAAAAUUGUAAACUAAUUUGAAUGGAAUUAAAUAUUUUUUUUCCACAGCUGUAUAUACUUAUAAACCAUAUACAGACAUUUAUAUACGUGCAAAUGUCUAUAUAUAUAUAUUAAUAUUAAGAUCAAAAUACCUUAAAUUAUCUUGAUAUCUCCAAAGAGAAUCUGUAAAGAGAAACUUAUGAAAAACAAGUGGAUUAUGAACAAAUUUGUCUGCCACAAAAUAUUUAUAAUAUCUAAAAGACGUCUACGAAUUAGAGAGAAUUUUUAGAAAGUGAUCUUUCUUUAAGAAAAAAAAAAAA